AUGGCUGCAGCCUAUAAAGGAUUGUUGAUACCACUCAUAAUCAUUGCGCAAACUCUAUUUCAGUUCCUUCAGAUUGCAAGCAACUGGUGGAUGGCCUGGGCAAAUCCGCAAACAGAGGGAGACCAAGCUAAAGUGAGCUCCACGGUCCUUCUCCUUGUAUUUAUUGCGCUAGCAUUUGGUAGCUCAGUAUUUAUCUUUGUUCGAGCUAUUCUGGUCGCCACAUUCGGCCUUGUAGCUGCUCAGAAGCUGUUUCUGAACAUGCUCAGGAGUGUUUUCCGCGCGCCAAUGUCGUUUUUCGACUCCACUCCUGCUGGAAGGAUCUUAAAUCGGGUGUCCAUUGGUCAAAGCGUGGUGGAUCUUGAUAUUCCUUUUAGGCUCGGAGGAUUUGCAUCAACAACAAUACAGCUCAUUGGCAUUGUUGGUGUGAUGACAAACGUUACAUGGCAAGUGUUUCUUCUUGUAAUUCCAGCUGGCAUUGCUUGCUUGUGGGUGCAGAAAUACUACAUGGCUUCGUCUAGAGAGCUGGUUAGGAUUGUGAGCAUACAGAAAUCUCCAAUCAUCCAUCUUUUCGGUGAGUCAAUCGCAGGUGCAGCAACAAUCAGAGGAUUUGGCCAAGAAAAGCGUUUCAUGAAGAGAAACCUCUAUUUACUGGACUCCUUUGCCCGCCCUUUCUUUUGCAGCAUCGCUGCUAUAGAGUGGCUCUGUUUACGCAUGGAACUGCUUUCCACUUUUGUCUUUGCCUUCUGCAUGCUCCUGCUCGUUAGCUUUCCACAUGGAACAAUCGAUCCAAGCAAGUUCUCUCUUUCCUCUGUAUUUCUCCCUGUCGUUAGAAAACUAUUUAUCAUCUUUAUUGAGUUCAGAAUAUACCUUUGUAUAGGCAUGGCUGGCCUUGCAGUAACGUAUGGUCUUAAUUUAAACGCUUGCCGUUCCCGGUGGAUACUUAGCUUUUGUAAGCUCGAGAACAAAAUCAUCUCCAUCGAAAGAAUCUAUCAGUAUAGUCAGAUUCCCAGUGAAGCCCCUACGUUCAUCGAGGACGCUCACCCUCCUCCCUCGUGGCCAGAAAAGGGAACCAUUGAGAUCAACAAUUUGAAGGUUCGAUAUGGAGAGAAUCUACCAACUGUACUCCACGGAAUCAACUGUGUAUUCCCUGGUGGCAAGAAGAUUGGGAUUGUGGGGCGCACAGGAAGUGGCAAAUCAACUCUGAUCCAAGCGCUAUUCAGGCUGAUAGAGCCAUAUGCAGGACAAAUAAUCAUUGAUGGCAUUGAUAUCUCCUCUAUUGGCCUUCACGAUCUCCGCGGCCGUCUCAGCAUCAUUCCCCAAGACCCCACCUUGUUUGAAGGCACUAUCCGAGGAAACCUCGACCCUCUCGAAGAACACACUGAUCAAGAAGUUUGGCAGGCUCUAGAUAAGUCACAGUUGGGGGAUAUAGUUCGUGCAAAAGACCAGAAGCUCGAUACUCCAGUGUUAGAAAAUGGAGAUAACUGGAGUGUGGGGCAGAGGCAGCUGGUGUCUCUUGGUCGUGCAUUGCUUAAACAAGCGAGAAUUCUUGUGCUUGAUGAAGCAACUGCUUCGGUUGACUCAGCCACUGAUAUUCUCAUCCAGAAGAUUUUGAGAACAGAGUUUGGAGACUGCACGGUCUGCACUAUCGCACAGCGGAUCCCGACUGUGAUCGAUAGUGACAUGGUUCUGGUUCUAAGCGAUGGUCUUGUUGCGGAAUGCGACACGCCAACACGACUUCUAGAGGAUAAAUCUUCGAUGUUCCUUCGACUGGUGACAGAAUACUCCUCGAGAUCGAGUGGCAUACCUGACUUCUGA